AACAUACGUGAUGCGAAUGUUACAGGUCAAAGUGAAUUCUGAAUUUAAAUUGAAAAUAUAGUUCCAAAGAGUUCUAAGCAAAUUCGCAAUGGAAAAAUACAUUUUCGUUCUGUCUUGUGUGAUUUUGGUAGCUUUUCUGAACUUCAGUGCUGUGGUGGCACAUCCUCGAGCACAUCCGAAUUUUGCACAAUUUGAUGAAUGUAAAACAGCCGAAAAAGCCACUGACGACGAUUUAAAAAGCCUGAGAGAGAGAGACCCUACUCUACCAAAAACUAGAGGAGCAAAGUGUGUGCUGACAUGCCUUGGUGAAAAGGCUGGCAAGAUUGCAGGUAAAAGACUAAAUCCUGACGGCGUGAAGAACUGGUUCAAAGAUACACCUGAAAAUACGGAACAGAUGCAACAGACCAUUAACGAAAUAGUGGAGGAAUGCAGAAACAUCACAGAUGAAGACCGAUGCGAAGCUGGCUUUAAAAUUAUGGAAUGUUUAAAAGAAGGUGGAAUGAAACGAGGUCUUAAAGCCCAUGGUCCCCCUGGUAAAGGUCAGGGACCAAGAAAUUAAAAUUUCUUAAAUAAUUGGCAAUGUUCGGUUCUACAUAUUCUGUUUGUAAGAUAUGAAGCAAAAUUCACAUUUAAAAUAAACAAUUUCUCGCACCCAACAAGUGACUUAUAAAUGUGAUAC